AUGAUCUUAUUCAUAGGACUUAUAAUAUGGCUAAUCAAUGAAAUGACAUACUCAGUAUGUGGAAUAAAAAACAUGUGCUAUAUUAAGCCUAUUACUGGGAAUGUGGAUAUAUUAAAUAGAAAAAACACCAAUUUUCCAAAUAGAAAACAAAAAAAUAAAGAACAUAAUAAAUUAUAUGGAAUACCUAGAAUGUAUAAAUGGCUAACUUCUUAUUAUCCAACCGUUAGAGAAGAAUUAAUUAAUUAUGGGCAGAAAAAAAAAGUUGAUAUUUUUUAUAUUGAUAUGAAUGGUGUUAUUCAUCAUUGCACCCAUGCUAACAAAGAUGCAUUGCCAAUACAUGAUGAGCAUGAAUUGUUUUCUAAUAUUUUACAUUAUUUAAAAAAUUUAUUUUAUUUGGUAAAACCACAAAAAUUAGUGUAUAUUGGUGUUGAUGGGGUUUCACCAAAAGCUAAAAUGAAUCAACAACGAAAAAGAAGAUUUUUAAGUUUAUUUAAAAUUAAUGAUAAUUCAAAGAUUACAAAUUUAUUUAAUCCCAAUUGUAUAACUACAGGGACAGAUUUUAUGUAUAAGAUAAAUUUAUCCCUAAACAAAUGGUUCAAAAUUUUAAAAAAAAAAAAAGUCUUUAAUUUUGAUAUUAUAUAUUCUGGUUCUGAUGUACCCGGCGAAGGGGAACAUAAAAUUUUGAAGUUCAUUAGAGAGAAUUGCAAGAACGACAGCAACUUCAAAAACUGGAAUCAUUGCAUCUAUGGAUUGGAUGCAGAUUUAAUUAUGUUAUCUUUGGUUACACAUUUAAAUAACAUUUUUAUUUUGAGGGAUAAAUUUAAGCUAACCAAUGAUUCUAUGCAUAACAAUGUAGUAAAUAAUAUUGAAAAGAUGCAAUCUGAAUUUAAUGUUAAUAGUGAGUCAGAUCCAAAUGAAGUUGAUAAUAAUGAAAAAGAAAUUUCAAUAAAUAGGGAAUUAAAAGAAAUAGACAAAUCUGAGGAAAAUAAAAAUAUGGGAAAUAAUGAAUCACUUAAUAACUGUUUUAAUAAAACACAUAAAUACACGCAUGAUUAUUAUUUGCAUUAUGAUGAAUUAAAUAGUUAUGAUUUUGAAAUAUUAGAUAUAUAUAAACUUAGAAGUUCGAUAAAGACACAAAUAGCUACAUAUAUAAAUAAAUUAAAAAAAGAAAAAAAUAUUAUUUUUAGUAUAAAUAGAGUAGUAGAUGAUAUUGUAUUUUUAUCAUUUCUUGUUGGUAAUGAUUUUCUACCACAUAUACCAAAUAUAGAUAUAAAUGAAGGUUCUAUGAAUGAAAUUUUAAAUUCUUAUAUUUUUUAUAUUUAUAAAUAUUCUAAUUAUAUAACAUACAAAGAUAAAGUACAUAUAGAACGACUAAAAAUUAUUUUAAAAAUUCUAAGCGGCCAAGAAUAUCAGUAUUUUAAAAAAAGAGGAAUUAACGAAAAUAUUCCAGAGUUUACUGAUGAAAAAAAAUAUAAAUCAUAUUAUUAUCUCCAUAAAUUUGGGGUUAGUGAUUCUAAGCAAAUACAACAAAUUGUAAAAAAAUACAUCGAGGGUUUAUUCUGGAAUUUACAUUAUUAUCAUUUUGGAUGUGCAAGCUGGCAUUGGGAAUACCCAUACCAUUAUGCCCCCCUAUGUAGCGACUUGUUAAGUUUUGAAAAAUCAGACUUUUUUUUUGAAAAGGGAAAACCAUAUUCAGCAUAUACACAUUUAAUUAGUGUACUUCCACAAAAAGACAAAAACCUCCUUCCAGAUCCAUAUAAAAAUGUUUAUGCAGAAGACGAAGUAAAAUCCUUUUUUCCAGAUAAUGUUAAAAUCGACCCAAAUGGAAAAAAAGAGACAUGGGAAUACAUAGUUCAUUUGCCAUUCAUAAACUGCAAUAUGAUAAAUAAAAUUGUUAGUGAAAAAAGCAAAAAAAUAUCGAGGCUUAAAUAUAAGUUAAGAGAGCUAAAUGGGCGAGAGCACCGAUACUAG